AAAUAGUUAUGAAAUUUUAGAGUGGAUACCUUAUAAUAGAUUAUCAAAUAUCAAUUAUUAUGAUAAAGGAGGAUUUAGUGAAAUUCAUAAAGCUAUUUGGUCUGAUGGGCCUAUUUACAGUUGGAAUUUUGACAAACAAAAAUGGAAAAGAUGUAAUUUUCAAACAGCAAAAUUUAAUAAUUUUUUAUUAUUUAUAUAGUGGAAAUAUCAUUAUAAUUGUCAGAAAAAAUCAUUUUCAAGAUUUAUUCAAUUCUUUGGAAUUACCCAAGAUCCAAAUAAUUUAGAUUAUAUAAUAGUAAUGAGUUAUGC